ACUAACUAGAUAGAUAGAGCGAACAAAUGCGUCCACUCAAUCCAUCACCACGUCCGCUUUACUUCCCAACCACAUGCGGACAGCAGCCCAUCGAUCUCAAACCAGGAAAUAACUCUGCUCUGCUCCAAAGAAUCCAUAGCUAUGCUGGCGAGUAGGCUGUCAGCAGUUUCUUCAUCGUCUUCUUCCACGCUGUUCUUGAAGAAUCAUCACAGCACAAAAAUUCCUUUUCUUGCCAGCCCCUUAUUGUUCAAUUCUCUCAGACCCAUAGUGGAAUGGGGGAUUGCUAAGAGGAAGAGUUGGUCAAGAAUGGAAGCCUCUGCUUCGACGAGAACUGCUGGGCCCCGGGCGUCGGCUGAGCCGCUAAAGGAUCCCGAUCAGCUCAUUGAUUCUGUCGAGACCUUCAUCUUCGACUGUGACGGGGUAAUAUGGAAGGGAGAUAAAUUGAUUGAUGGAGUCCCAGAAACUCUUGACAUGCUUCGAUCAAAGGGGAAAAGGUUAGUUUUUGUCACAAACAACUCAACAAAAUCUCGAAAGCAGUAUGGAAAGAAGUUUGAAACACUAGGUCUCAAUGUCACGGAGGAGGAAAUUUUUGCAUCUUCCUUCGCAGCAGCUGCUUACUUAAAAUCGAUUGAUUUUCCAAAAGAUAAAAAGGUUUAUGUAAUUGGCGAAGAUGGCAUCUUGAAGGAGCUGGAACAAGCAGGGUUUCAGUAUCUUGGUGGACCGGUAGAUGGUGACAAGAAGAUUGAACUAACACCUGGUUUUAUGAUGGAGCAUGACGAAAAUGUUGGAGCUGUGGUAGUCGGAUUCGAUCGCUACUUCAACUAUUACAAAGUUCAGUAUGCAACAUUGUGCAUCCGUGAAAACCCCGGCUGUCUUUUCAUUGCUACAAACCGUGAUGCUGUUACCCAUCUUACAGAUGCGCAAGAAUGGGCAGGUGGGGGUUCAAUGGUGGGAGCAGUACUUGGAUCAACUCAACGCGAGCCACUUGUUGUUGGAAAGCCUUCGACUUUCAUGAUGGAUUACCUUGCAAAUGAAUUUGGCAUCUCCAAGUCACAGAUAUGCAUGGUUGGAGAUAGGCUCGAUACCGACAUUCUUUUCGGACAAAAUGGCGGCUGCAAAACCCUCCUUGUCCUUUCUGGUGUGACGAGUCUGUCGACGCUUCAAAAUCCCAACACCACCAUACAGCCAGAUUUCUACACCAACAAGAUAUCAGAUUUCCUGUCUCUCAAGGCUGCUGCUACAUCUGCCUGAAGAAUGAAUGACACAGACAGGCACGCUUCCAUGUCCCAUAUAUAUAUAUAUAUAUACACAUUUGAGAUCCAAUGGGUUCUUUUCUUGAUAAGUUAAAAAGGUUAAAUCUAUUUGUGAUCACAAAUUUCUUGUCUGGAAAUUACAUGGACUAAACUACUGUCUGCAUAAAACUCACUCUGAUGUUAAGUGACUUUUCAACACGCUUAUGUGUGACAGUGAACAUAUAAUUUUUUAGGCAUGAUUCAUAUAUAUCUUUAUUAAUCAUUUUACAUCA